AUGAAGCCCCCAGCUUCUGCCCACACCUGUAGCACUAUGCUCGUCCCACUUCUGCUGCUGGCUGCCCUCCAGGUCACCAUUGCCCAAAAGAAUGGCAUCGACAUCUACAGCCUCACUGUGGACUCCAAGGUCUCAUCUCGAUUUGCCCACACGGUUAUCACCAGCCGGGUGGUCAACAAAGCCAGUACUGUGCAGGAGGCCACCUUCCAGAUGGAGCUGCCCAAGAAAGCCUUCAUCACCAACUUCUCCAUGAUCAUCGAUGGUGUGACCUAUCCAGGGGACAUCAAGGAAAAGGCUGCAGCUCAGGAGCAGUACAGUGCGGCUGUAGCCAGGGGCGAGAGUGCGGGCCUGGUCAAGGCCACUGGGAGAAAGACAGAGAAGUUUCAGGUAUCGGUCAGUGUGGCGCCAGCUGCCAAGGUCACCUUCCAGCUGGUAUAUGAGGAACUGCUGAAGCGGCAACUGGGGGUGUAUGAGCUGCUACUCAAAGUCCAGCCCCAGCAAUUGGUGAAGCACCUGCAGAUGGACAUUCACAUCUUCGAGCCGCAGGGCAUCAGCUUCCUGGAGACAGAGAGCACCUUCAUGACCAAUGAGCUGGCAGAUGCUCUCACCACUGUGCAUAACAAGACCAAGGCUCACAUCCAGUUCAAGCCAUCACUGUCCCAGCAGCAAAAAUCUCCAGAGCAGCAGGACACGGUUCUGGACGGCAGCUUCAUUGUCCGCUAUGAUGUGAACCGGACCCUCUCAGGGGGCUCCAUUCAGAUCGAGAAUGGCUACUUUGUGCACUACUUUGCCCCAGAGGGCCUGCCCACCAUGCCCAAGAAUGUGGUCUUCGUCAUCGACAAGAGUGGCUCCAUGAGCGGCAAGAAAAUCCAGCAGACCCGGGAAGCCCUGAUCAAGAUCCUGGAUGACCUCCGUCCCAGUGACCAGUUCAACCUUGUUGUCUUCAGCAAACAUGCAACCCAGUGGAGACCAUCGCUGGUGGCAGCCACAGAAGAGAAUGUGAGCAAGGCCAAGGACUAUGCUGCCAGCAUCCAGGCCCAUGGAGGGACCAACAUCAACGAUGCGAUGCUGAUGGCGGUGGAGCUGCUGGACAACAGCAAUAAGGAGGAGCUGUUGCCCUCAGGAAGCGUCUCCCUCAUCAUCCUGCUCACCGAUGGUGACCCCACCGAGGGGGAGACCAACCCUGCGAAGAUCCAGAAGAACGUGCAGGAUGCCAUAAGUGGCCAGUACAGUCUCUUCUGCCUGGGAUUUGGCUUUGAUGUCAGCUACUCCUUCCUGGAGAAGCUGGCACUGGACAAUGGUGGCCUGGCCCGGCGCAUCUACGAGGACUCAGACUCUGCCUUGCAGCUCAAGGACUUCUACCAAGAGGUGGCCAACCCGUUGCUGACUUCAGUGGCCUUUGAAUAUCCAAUCAACGCCGUGGAGAUGGUGACUCAGGAAAUUUUCCGGCUCCAUUUCAAGGGCUCAGAAAUGGUGGUGGCCGGGAAGCUCCGGGACCAGAGCCCUGAUGUACUCUCUGCCAAAGUCAACGGGCAGAUGUACAAACAGAACGUAUCCUUCCAAAUGGAGUCCAAUGUGGCUAAGCAGGAGGAGGAGUUCCAGAGCCUCAAGUAUAUCUUCCACAACUUCAUGGAGAGACUCUGGGCAUACCUGACCAUCCAGCAACUGCUGGAAAAGAUUGUUUCUGCAUCAGAUGCUGAGCGGCCAGGCCUUGAGAAGCAAGCUCUGGGUUUAUCACUCAACUACAGCUUUGUCACACCUUUAACAUCUAUGGUGGUCACCAAACCUGAAGGCCAAGAACAGUCUCAAAUUGCUGAGAAGCCCAAAGAAGAUGGAACAGCCACAGCAGCCCCAACCUCAGCCCCUCUCCAGGCUCCUCACGUCAUCCUUCCACUGCCUGGGCAGAGUGUGGACCGACUCUGUGUGGACAUCAGGCACUCUCAGGGACUAGUGAACCUGAUCUCGGACCCUGACCAAGGGAUUGAGGUGACUGGCCAAUUUGAGAAGACUCAGUUUUCAUGGAUUGAAGUGACUUUCAAGACUCCUGAGGUGCAUGUCCGUGUGUCUCCUGAACAUGUAGUGGUGACUCGGAACCAAAGAAACUUUGUUUACAAGUGGAAGGAAACACUGUUCUCAGUGAUGCCUGGCCUAAAGAUGACCAUGGACAAGACCGGUCUCCUGCUGCUCAGUAGUCCAGACAAAGUGACCAUCGGUCUGUUGCCUUGGGAAGGCCCUGGGGCGGGACUUCGGCUCCUUCUUCGAGACACUGACCACUUCUCCAGCCACGUUAGCGGAAUCUUUGGCCAGUUCUACCAGGACGUGCUCUGGAAGCCCGCAGCAUCAGAAGACACUAAGGGAACGCUGACAGUUCAGGGAAAUGACUAUCCUGCCACCAGAGAGCUCAAGCUGGAUUACCAAGAGGGGCCUCCUGGAACAGAGAUUUCCUGCUGGUCUGUGGUACUGUAG